AUGACGAGUCCGGAUCAAAUAAGAGACAUAUGGAGAACUGCGGAUGCUAUAACAUUCGAUGUAGAUUCCACUGUUAUAACCGAGGAAGCUAUCGACGAGCUUGCCAAUUUCUGUGGGAAAGGACAGCAAAUCACUGAAUUAACAAAGCAGGCUAUGCAAGGUGAUAUGACAUUUCAACAAUCCUUAUCUAUAAGACUGGGGAUCAUAAAUCCAAGUUUGACACAAGUUAAGGAGUUCUUAAAUACACAUCAACCAAGACUUACCACUGGUAUCAAAGAGUUAGUGUCUACUUUACAAGCUCGUGGAAAGCAAGUAUUUCUUGUCUCUGGUGGUUUCCGCUGUCUUAUCACACCAAUUGCUGCUAAACUUAACAUUCCACCUGAAAAUAUUUAUGCUAAUAGAUUAAAAUUUUAUUUCACAGGAGAAUAUGCUGGCUUUGAUGAGACUCAACCAACUGCUAGAAGUGGUGGUAAAGGAGAAGUGAUACGGCGUCUUAAGGAAGAAAAAGGAUUCAAAAUUGUUAUACAUGUCGGUGAUGGCUCAACAGAUUUAGAAGCGUCACCGCCAGCGGAUGCAUUUAUAGGAUUUGGAGGAAAUGUAAUUAGGAAAAAUGUAAAAUCACGCGCGCAAUGGUUUAUUACAAAUUUUGAUGAUCUUGCAAAAUGUUUAUAG